UAUUUAAAACAAAUGAUUUUAAUCAUGAUGUCAUUAAUCAAUAAAUUACUUUUACACAAUAACAUGACAUGCUGCUACAGGAAAGCCAUCAUCUUCAGAUAAAGUCAAUUGAGAUGCACCAUAUGUUAACUUUGUUGCCAGCUGUUGUAAAUUCUGCAUAUUAGUUUAUUCACACAUACAGCAACUCGAAAGUGGCAAAAUUUGAAACCAUGCAUGUAAAAUUUAGUACAAAAUGUCACAUUUGGCAGAAAGGAAAUGUCUAAAAUAUUUACACAAGUUACAACUCCUACUUCUACACCAAAGUAACAGACAUCUUUGUGCAGACGGAUAGGCGUAUGAAUGAGUGAAUAUCUGAAUUGUAUUGGCAACAGAAGGCGUGCGUAGAUGUAAUAGGUUCUUCCUGAGUUCAUCCCACAUUUUUCCAGCAAGUGAUCAUGAGAAUCGGGCUUAGAUCCUAUUCACAGGCCACACCAAAUACAAAGGGGAAAAACCGUGACUCAAAAAGUGUGUGUGUAAAAAUGCAAUAUCAAAUAAGUGCAAUAACACUGCUUGAUCAAACCAAGUUCUUGAUAACAAUCUUGUAAUGUCUUUGGGGUUCAUAUAUGUGUAAAUCUGGAUCAGUCUGUCCGGUGCCUCACUGUAUGCAACUGGGGACAUGUACAGGACCAGUAUGUUGUAGGCUUCUAAUGCUGAUUGCCACAGAAACUACAACUCCCAUCAAACCGCAGUUUCCUAUUCGUGAACAUGGCGGUGUUUCGAAAAACAACGAGAUUGAAUUGUCAGUAGACAAAACUUUUCUUUCGAUCAGCUGCACCGUCUAUCAAAUCUUCAAUCUUUAAAUACCGUUUCCGCAUUUACUGUAGGAAGUCGUUCAUAAAGCCAAGCACCACACAUCGUUUACUGUAAGUUUCGUGGCCUCUCUUGACCUAAACUAGUUUUGUCUGAAACAGCGUUUACGGCACAAUGCCCGAGGGUCCUGAGCUGCACCUGGCCAGUGUGUUUGUGAACACAGCAUGUGCAGGUGUGAUCUUCACCGGCGCUGUGGAGAAGUCAGAGGUGAGCAAACAAGCCCAGGUGCCGUUCACCAGCGAUGCGUAUCAAAUCAGCGCCACGUCCAGAGGAAAAGAAGUGCGACUCUCUCUCACUCCUAUCAAGGUUGAGUCACGGAAAGGCAAAUCAGCACCGGACCAGGCGCCUAUGGAUGUCGUCUUCCGCUUUGGGAUGUCAGGCAGAUUCUGCUUCACGGCGAAAUCAGAGCUCCCAAAACAUGCCCACCUGCGAUUUUACACCAAAGAGAAUCCUCAGAGAGUGUUGAGCUUCGUUGAUCCCCGCAGGUUUGGCAGCUGGCGGGCGAAUGAAAGCUGGCAUAAAGAGCGAGGCCCAUGCGUGAUAUCUGAGUACCAGAGCUUCAGGGAGAAGGUUUUGUCCAAUUUGGCAGACAAGGCAUUCGACAAGCCAGUCUGCGAGGCUCUCUUAAAUCAGAAAUACUUCAACGGGAUUGGCAACUACCUCCGAGCAGAGAUUCUGUACAGAUUAAAGAUUCCUCCCUUUGUGAAGGCAAGGAAUGUGUUGGAGGGACUCAAACCACAACAUGAAGAUCCCAUGAACAUUAAAGAGGAGCCAAGCAAAGUCGUGGCAGAGGAAGCUGUUGUGGAUAAGAAGAAAAUUGAGCACCCAGACCUCAUCUCUCUGUGUCAUACUGUUCCACUUGAAGUGGUUAAUUUGGGUGGAAACGGUUAUGACCCACAGAAAGGAGAUUACACAAAAUUAAUUUCCUGGCUACAGUGUUAUUCCACUGAUGGGAUGAAUUCAUUAACAGACCACAAUGGAAGAACUGUUUGGUUUGAUGGUGACCCUGGUCCAAUGGCCCCUAAAGCCUCCAGGUUUUCCAGGGCAAAGAGAACAAUAAAGAAAGAUGUCUAUACAGAUACAAAGAAGGAAAAACUUGUAAAAAAGGAACCAGGGGCUGGAAAAAUUGGGCAGGAUGUGCCUAAGAAACAGAGUGGCACCAGACGAAAGAAUGCCAGCACACCUGGAUUAAAAGCAGAAGCAGCUGAGGACAGCAAAAGACCAAAAGCAGACCAAAGAAAAAGCAGUUCAAAAGGUGUACAGCAACCUAAAAAUAAGAAAGCAAAAAGACCAAGUAUACGGAAAGCCAACACUAAGGCAAAGGCUACCAGCAAACCUCGUAGAAAGAGCAGUAGGAAUGCCUAAGAGCAGCUUGUAAAAACUGCCUCCGUGUUGGAUCAAGAGGCAGACAAUAUGUAUGUACAUACUAAGUCAUUAAAGGGCAGUUAAUAAACAAAUCGAACACAUCUGUAACACAUUAGUUAUGGAAUGUGAUAUGUUUGGGAUCUAAAAUAACCAUUUUACAUUUAACACAUUUAUGAAAAUUAUUUUUUUUUUAUUAUUUGUCUUGACAUGACUGAAUGUUCAUAGUUGUUCUAUGAUGCAUAAACUGAAAAUCCCUGAAACAUUUUAGGACGUUACAGGAGAAGUAAGGAAUAUAUGUGCCUUAAAAAACAUAUAAUCAACACACAAUAUAUUUGUAUAAUAUCACCAGUAAGACAAUUUUGCUUUGAGCAAUGUACUUUUAAAACAGCUUUGGUUUAGACCCAUUAGAUCAGUUAGAAUUACUUACAAUGCUACAGCAUGCAAAGACAUUAUAUUGACAUACAAUUCUAUGACAUUCUACAAAUUCUCCAAAUCUGUUGCAAAAGUGCGUCAAAGAAACACAAAUAAGUGAUGGUUGGGUGUCCAUAUACUUUUGGUUAUUUUAUAUUUAGGUAUUUGGUGGAACACCUGCUUUAUAGUGUGUAAACUGUAAUAAAAUAUAUACUUUAAAAAAA